AUGCAUUAUAUCAUCAAGCUGCUUGCUGCUAUGUUUUGCUUCGCAACGGCAGCCGGGCUUCAGACACGGUUCAUCAGAGUACGUGGUCGGCUCAUUUGCGGCAAUGAAAGCCUUAAGAAUACAAAAGUGAAGCUAUGGAAUAAACAAAAAUUUGGUUGAGUUAAAUUAGUGCAAACCCUUGAUGAAGCACUGGCAUCGAGGGAUACUAAUGCAGAUGGUUAUUAUGAACUGCUAGGCGGAAUCGAGUCAGGUUCUAAAGCGGACAUUGUCCUCAAGAUUUACCACCGUUGCGACUUCAACCAAUUUCCUUGCCGACGAAAAGUAACGCUCGGUAUUCCAAACCAGUACCUUACUGAAAGGAUUGACAUAAAGCGGUGGUUUGAAGCUGGCACACUGAACAUGCAGUUGCAGUUCCCUCGCGAAAAGAAACGUUCCCUUGAUGAAGCACUGGCAUCGAGGGAUACUGAUGCAGAUGGUUAUUAUGAACUGCUAGGCGGAAUUGAGUCAGAAAAAAUGUUACAGCCUUGCCGACGAAAAGUGACGCUCGAUAUUCCAAACCAGUACCUUACUGAAAGGAUUGAAAUAAAGCGGUGGUUUGAAGCUGGCACACUGAACAUGCAGUUGCAAUUCCCUCGCGAAAAGAAACGUUGUGAUUAUACGGGAUGA